GUCGUGUCCAUUGAUGCGCAGUACAUCCACAGAUAUGAAACAGGGUUUGGCUAUUCGGACCUCGGACUGCGCGCAAUGGCGUCUCCCAUGAACAGCGACACUUUUUAUUCCAACAUAAAUACAGUACAAGGAUGGAUAAGGGUUCAAAUGGAGGAAAACAAAUAUGAUGUCGACCCAAACCGGUUGCCAAAUAUUUAACGAAUGUCUUAUUUUGUAUUAGACUAUGGCAGACAAAUGAAAUUCUGAAAUCGAAAGAAAAAAUGGGCUUUACCCCCGGAUAGUAUGAUUUCGCUGACAUCAUGCUCUCUUGAACCCUCCACUACAGACUGUCGCGUUCAUGCUAUGUGGUAUAUUGGCGACUUUGUUUAGAGCCCGAUUUAGGCAUGUUCCAAAAUGGAUUCUCAACAGAGAGGGGUUCUGACCAAUGGUGGCUCAGAUAACAGGAGUGUCUGCCAAUCCUUGAAGAGAUCGGGGACUGUGCCAGAGAUCCAUGAGGAGCCAGUGGACUCCUUGAUCUUAUCCUGCCCACCAGAUAACCUCCAAUAAUUCUCCCUUAUACAGGUGUACUCCAGUACAGGUGUCCAAUCAAAACAUUUUUAGGCCAAACGAGGAGGGGCUGGGAGAGCGCCCUGCGGGCUCAAACAACCAAUCACAGUCAAGACUGGACUUCCUGGUGUGUGCGAUCAACCAAUCAGAGUCAAAUCAGACUUUCCUGGAUUAUGCAACAGGCCAAUCACAGACUCUGCAGCUCUCAGCUCUACGUGCCUCACUCUGAUUCUAAAGGGAGUAGGUUAGAAGCCAGAGCUGUUUGGUCUGGGACCAGUUGAAAUGCCCUGACCUCCACUACUGUGACUGGUACGGGUCAGAUGGAGGAUGUGUGUGUUGAAGAGAUAAAACACACGGAGGAGCCUCUCUAUAGGAUGGAGACAGAAGAGAGGGAUGAGAGGAGAGAUGGAGAGAGUGAUGUUACACAACACAGGAACGGUAGUCCCAUUGUCCCUGAAACGCCUCUCAUCUCCGACACAGCCAAGGCAAAGAGGGAUGGAGGGAUAAGGGGGGAGAAAAAAAGGAAAGAUAGAGAGGAUGAGAGAGUUAUCCCUCUUUUCCUACCCCCUAGUCGAUGCCAUGGUAGAAAAGAGAGACCAGGAGAGGAUAGAGGAGAGAGAGCAGAGGCAGGAAAAGGAGUUUGGGGGAGAAGAGAGGAAGAGGAGGGAGAAGUAUUGGAUCUGAGCUUCCCUAAAAAGAGAGAGAUUAAGGAGAGGAGCCUUUGGCAUGAGAGCUCACUGCUUAUGGAGGUAGAUGAGGUAGAGGGGGAUGGAGAUAGGGACAUAGUAGAGGAAGAUGAUGGUGAUGACGAAGAUGAUUCUAUAUUGAGAAUGGAUGGAGCUGACAUUUUGGGGGGACCUCUCUUGUCUCCCUUGUUCUUCUCUACCUCCGUUUUCACCUCCCUCUCUUCCAUAGACUCUGAAAGUGAAGGUCUUCUCCUGAUAGAUGACCAGGGUAUUCCAUACACACUCACCCCUGAGGGGCACAAAGUGCCCCAAAUGGAACCUUCCAGGCCAGACAACCCCCCCUCAAGCCAGCCAAAGGUGCAGUCCAGCUCAUUGGAGGUAGAGGAUGACAGGUCGUCUCAUAUAACCACAGCAUGGGUCACUUACCUCAGCCGAGGUUUAGUAAAAACUCCACACACACACAAGGAAAACACAUGUCCCACUCCUGUUACGUCUAUGAAACCCUCACAGAAGUCAGAACUUCUAAAAAAUACAGAACACUCAAAGAACCCAGAACUCUCACAGAAUGCGGAACCCCCCUAAGGUUCUAGAUUCGGAUGUGAAAUCUGUUAGUGAGGCUAGUGCUGCUGUUUCCCAACUCUCUGGUUCUGCUGUACACCUCCAACCCCCUCAGCCCAUCCAGAUCCUUACUAACCCCUCCUCCAACACCCCCAUCCUCCUCUUCCCCUCCUCCCCCCCAGCUCUCCUCCAUUCCCUUAACCAAGACUGAUACCAACCCAGGCCUCCUGACCUUCUCUCUCCCCCUCUCCCUCACCCAGAACACUCCCAGUGCCUCUACCUCUAUGUUCCUUCUCCUCUCCUCCUCCACCACAUCUUCCUCCGGGCAGUCUUUCUCUACCUCCACCCCCAUUGCUCUCAUUGACCCCUCCACCGGUCAGCUCUCCCAAAUCACUGCCUCCUCUUCAUCCCCUCUUUCUCUCUCUCUCUCUUCUGGUCAGCUUGCCACAUCAGUGUCAUCCCUCCCGGCCAAUCCCUCCCACCCAGUUAUUAGAACGACACCCAACAACUCCCCUACCAUCCAAUCAAGAGAGAGUCCCAUCGUUAACCCUCCCGCCCCCCUGACCUCCCCCUCCGUGGUCUCCUCCCCUCCCUCCAAGCAGCCCAGUGCUGGUGGCAGUUCUAAAGCAGUUCUACUCAGCUCACCUCCUCACAAACACACUGAACCAAACUGUUAUGACCCCAACACCGAUCAUCAGUCACUAUCUACUGAAGAAACCCAAAUGGAAUCUGUCCAAAAUGGGUCAUCUCCUACUAAAGCCCCUCCCCUUACACAACCGCAAUCCCCUUCUCUGUCCUUUGACUUCUGUUUGGAGGCAUCCGACCAAUCAAAAGCCCCAGAGUCAAAGCACACCUCCCUCCCAUGGGACGACCAUCUCUACUUCUCCUCUGCCACCGCUCCUCCCUCCCCUCCCCUUGCCCCCAUCUUCCCUUCCAGCGGACCCAGGAACCUGAACCCCCUGGACCCUCUGGACCCCCUGUCCCCAGCCUCCUCUCCCUCCUCUGGGCCACGAAGGGUCCUCUACUGCCCUCUCUGCCCCAGGAUCUUCUACUACCUGUCUGACCUGGAGCGUCAUUCCAUCACCCACUCUCAGAACAAACCCCAUGUCUGCCUGCAGUGUGGCAAGGCCUUCAAACGCUCCAGCCAUUUGCAGAGACACAAGCACAUACACACGGGCGAGAGGAACUUUGUGUGCCCCAUCUGCUCCAAGCGUUUCAGGGAGGCGGGCGAGCUGCAGCGCCAUCAGAGGGUACACACAGGAGAGAAGCCCUACCAGUGCCCGCUGUGCCACACACGCUUCGCCGAGCGCAACACCAUGCGUCGACACACUAGACGCAAACACCCUUACCACCAGGCAGCUAUGGCGAUGCUGUCCGAGAGAGGAGCAGGGGGAGGAGGAAGAGAAGGAGGGGAUGAAGAUGAGGGCACAGAAGAGUGGUAUAGUUCCACUGUGUCCAACUUGGACAACUCUGACUCUGAACCAGAUUCUGAGGUCACUUCCUGAGGCUGAUCCUCUUGAAUAAA